AUGAAAGGAUGGUCGCUGGUGGCGAUGAAGGUGGUGGGACUGGUGCUGCUGGUCAGCUUGACGGACGGUCACUCGUUCACGAGUUACGCCAACCUGCUGAAGCUGUACUACAUGGAAGAGGAAGCCCUCAGCAACGCUGACGUCCUUCUGCGCGAGGAGUUCUUCCACCAUGGCAACGUGGCCGCCACUGAUGGCGCUCACAACCUGACGGCACUGCGCCAUGUUUUUAUUUGUUUGCACAGACUUGUGAACGAAACCAAGCAGAUACACGCAGCCGUAGGAACCAACAUUGAGAAGUACUUGUCGCAUCCUGUCAACGUCUUCGGCCUCACCAAACGUCUGCUACAACGAUGGCGGUUGGCCAUCAAGACCAUUCGCAAGAGCAAGCCUUGUCGGGAAUGGCACAUUCCCCACAUCCUGGCGCGUCUGGCCAACAUCGAGGACAACCUGCCCACAGAGGAAGAUUUCGAGUCCGUAGCCUACAGCCUGCUGCUCAUCCAGCACACGCAGGGUCUCCGCACGGCCGACCUGCUGGCUGGCCGCAUCGGGGGCCACUUGGCAGCGGAUCGCAUCUCGCUACAGGACCAGUUCCAGGUCGCCAAGAUGGCGGUGGACCGUGACGACUACUACUACGCCGCGCAGUGGCUGAAGAACAUGGAGACCUCGGGCCGCCUGGCGCAGCUGCGGAAGGACGAGCACGGCUUCAACGCCACCAACGUGCUGGGUAUGCUGGCUUCCGCCUACUUCCGGAUAAACAUGGUGCCAGAAGCAUUGCGAGCAACGGAUGAGCUCCUGAAAUCAGAUCCUGACAAUGUGGUCGGUCGCAGCAACAAGGUAUACUUCGAGGAGCGUCUGAACCGCAAAGGAAUAACUAGAGACUCCACGACAGAUCACCCAGUGCGACACGUCGGCGACGACACCUACCGGCGAAACUUCGAAUCUUUGUGUCGGGGUCAACGUCCUACGAAGAACAGAAACACGUGCAGACUGGUGAGAUCUGAGGGGGUCCUGUGGUAUCACAAGGUAGAAAUCCUCAGGAAGAAGCCUCCCAUCCUCGUCUUCCACGAUGUUUUCUCUUCACAACUCAUGCGCGAGUUCGUCGUCAUGGCAAAGGAAGAGUAUGAGAGGCUGUCUCUAGACACGGAAUUCAAAACACCGGAAUUUACCCUGGCCUUGUCUAGGCUGGCCACCACACAACAGCGCCUGCAGCUGGGCAAGGUCAGGAGCACCCUGGUCAAGCUGCCCUUCACAGUCACCUACCCGUUCAAGGCCGGCGAGUCAGAGGUAGGCUUCUCUGGAGGCUGGCUGGCUGGAGAGCUGGGUGGCUAGCUGCUUGACUGUCCU